GGUCUGGUGGAAUUUGUCUGCACGAGGAUGGCUAUGCAGUGCCCCUCAGGAAGUACAGUUUGAAUCAAGGAGUCCUUUGAAGUAGCUGCCCAAAGCUGUUCCCUGAGGCAAGGUGUGGCUGGGGUCCCAUGGGCCACCUCCUCAUGUGGGAUCAAGCUCAGAACCCGAGAAUCCUGGCACAGGGUGGAUUGUGAGGCCGCAUUCUGUGCCCUAUGAGGCCUGGCCUGGCCUCUCCACGCCCCACAUGGGAUGGAGCAUCCCCACUGGCCUGGUGGGUGGCUCCUUCAUGUCACCCACUGCCCAGCCACUGCUGGGCCAUCAGGGAGCUUGUCCCAGGCCGACCUCAGGCUCCCUCCCACCACUCCUGAGUGUCCCCCUGGGGCUGGUCAUGGCCUCCACAGUGCAGGAAGCAGGGAUUCCCACCCCACACCCUCGGGUGUACAGCAUCCACAGUCGGACGGUCACUCGCUACCCCGCCAACUCCAUCGUGGUCGUCGGAGGCUGUCCGGUGUGCAGAGUCGGGGUUCUGGAGGACUGUUUCACCUUCCUGGGCAUCUUCCUGGCCAUCAUCUUGUUUCCCUUUGGGUUUAUCUGCUGCUUUGCCUUGAGGAAGCGGAGAUGUCCCAACUGUGGCGCGACCUUCACUUAAGAGAACACACCUGGCUUCUGGAGGCCAGCUAUCUUUUCUAAUGUAAAUGUUGUGUACAAUAGUUUUAUUUGACUAAGCUUCAGGAGGGACUGUUUUGUAAAGCAAGGUGGGAUAGCUUGGCCUGUGCCAGCUUAGGUCUUGCACAGGGUGGGAGGCAGCAACACUGCUCCCCAGGUUAAAGACAGCUCAAGAGAACACUGCUUUUAUUUUUUGCAGUCUUCAAUUUGAGAAAGGUGAGAAAUACUGUUUUAAAUAAAUGAGAUUCAUACCACUGCUCAGCCGGUUCUGCUUGUUCAGCGUUUGCCCACUGCCACCAGUGUGGAGCCUUGUGGCAGGAAUUCUGACACACACACAGGGCCAGUCAAAAGGCCCUGUACUCCUCAGUUGGUGCUGACAGCUCAAGAACGUGGGUUUCAAAUGCUCUUUUAUUAUUGACAUUAAACAGAACACUGCCAUAACUGCUGAGCAUAUGCCUCACGGCAGGCCCCUCAGGCCUUUCCCCAGGGAGGGAGCCCUUGAGUGGCCACACACUGCAGCAAGUAUUCCUGGGGCUUGGGCUUUUUCCUCAACCCUGUAACAAAGCCAGAAGACCCCCCACCCCAAGGGGUGCUUUGCGGCCUGGGUGUGACCUCACCCAUGUCCUGUCUUCAUACAGCCCCCCCAGACCUACCCUCAUUUGUUCUCCACUGCUGAGAACAGUGGGCUCCCAUUAACUCUGCUCUUGUGUCUGGGAAAAGGUGGGCCACCUGUGUAAACUUGAAACCUGGCAGGGCACCUUCUCAGGACAGUGCUGCAGGAUAGGGCGGGGGUGACCUGGUCCUGCAGCAGCCCUUCCUGGUGACCUGGUUUGCCCUCCCAGGAGAGCCUGAUGAUACCUGAAGUCUCAUGUCUGCUAGUUUACUGCCAUUACUGAAACCUUGACCAACUUUCAGCUUACAGAAAAAUAUUUGUAAGUGAUGAGAU